CAAUUGUCCCUACUCCACCUCUCCUUAGCGUGGCUGACAGUGGGGAUCUCCACGGUGUCACGGCAGGAUCCGAGCAGCCUCUUGUACACCUUGGCCUCCCUGUACAACGCCUCCUCCACGGCCGAGCAGAAGCGCCUCACCGUGCUGGUCCACCUGGCAGAUUCCGACCUCGCCUGGCUCAAAGACACCACUGCCCGUAUUUCAAGCCUCUUCAGCUCGCAGAUCCUGGCCGGGCAGUUGCUGCUGAUCCAUGCUCCUCCUGCUGCCUACCCCACUGUGAAUGGCAGCCCUGGUGCCGGUGCCGUUGCUGAGGCCGACCACGGGAAAGGCUACUCUAAGCAGAACGUAGACCACGCCUUCCUGAUGAGCUUCGCCGCAAAGCUCUCUGAUUACUUCCUGUUAAUAGGGGACACUGUCUUUUGUGCCCCCAAUUUUGUCACCCACAUUUAUUCCAAGGUGACCGCCCUGAAGCCCAGCCCGUGGGUGCUGCUGGAGUUCUCGAACGUGGGCCUCAUUGGCAAGCUCUUCCAUAGCAGGGACCUCCCUGCCCUGGCCCACUUCCUCCUCCUCUUCCACAAGGAGAAGCCCCUGGACAAGCUGAUCCUUCAUUUCCGCACCCUCCUGGUCCAGGAAAACCCGAUCCUCUGCAGACCAUUCCUCUUCUACCACAGAUCAUCCCGCCCCACCUUCGAUGGCAAGGAGGACACAGUCGUUCAGAAAAAGAACCCUUACGGCCCUAGCAACCCCCCUGCGUCUGUCUUCACCGAUAUGAACCUUUCUGGGGCUCACUUCCCCUGGGAGGCCUACGCUCUGGACGAGUCGUUCUUCUGGACAAACGACAUCCGCCCGGGGAACCACUUGACGGUGGUUUUGAACCACCCAGCGAGGCUGAGCAGAGUGCAGGUGAUGACCGGCUCCAUCGUGGAAGGAAAGUUCGCCCUGAGCAAGGGGCAGGUGCAACUGGGCUACGACCCCCAGGGCAUGCCGCAGGACUGCGCCAGCUCUGAGCUGCUCGGCUGGCUGGUGGAGGGGCAGAUGGACCGGGAGAUCCCGCAGGAAAGCGCGUCAUACCCGGUGAGCUGCGUGAGGCUGGUGGUGAAAGCCCGUCAAGCUGGUGGUCUCAUGAUCAGGCAUAUCUACCUCUGGGAGAAAGAUGCCACGGAGGAAAAGAAGGAUCAGGGUCGAUGGUGAAAUCAGUAAGAGUACAACAAAUAAAACC